CCUAUUUGAUUGUGUAGUAUUAGGCCACUAUUUCUUUUGACCAGAUCAGUUUCCUCUCGGUGGCUCAGGCUCGACUACGCAUUUCAGUUUGGACACUUCACCUUUCCGCGACACAACAGAAGUCCGUGCGUGGACUCUGUAUCAACCAUGGGGAACAGAGCCUCAAAAAAUGCCACUAUGGAUGAACCGACCAAAACAAUUUUAUUUGAAAAAGAGCAAAGUGGCAUAACAUACAGGAUCCCUGCACUCAUCUACCUGCAGGAAGUCCAGACUUUUCUCGCCUUCGCUGAAAAGAGGUUGUCGUCCAGUGACAACGAAGCCAAGAUCCUGGUAAUGAGGAGAGGAACAAUGACAGAGGACGGAUCUGUUGAGUGGUCGUCAACACAGGAGCUGCAAUCAGCCACUUUACCAAACCACCGCACAAUGAAUCCCUGUCCUGUGUACGAGAAAAAGAGUAACACAGUCUUCUUGUUUUUUAUUUGCGUCUGGAUGAACGUUACAGAGACCGAACAAAUCUGUACAGGUAAAAACCAAACACGACUGUGUUAUGUGACCAGCACUGACAAUGGCCAAACAUGGAGCAAUGUGACAGACUUAACAGAGACUGUGAUUGGUGAGACUAUCAAAAAUUGGGCCACUUUUGGGGUUGGUCCGGGCCAUGGGGUCCAGCUGGAGGAUGGGAGACUGAUCAUCCCAGCUUAUGCCUAUUACAUUCCAUACAGGUGGUUUUCUGUUUUGGCGCCCAUUUGUGGCACUGUCUACCCACGUGCCCUGGCCAUAUACAGCACAGACAUUGGCAAGACAUGGCAACUGGGUGAGAUGGUGAGAGAAUCCUCAUGUGAAUGUGAGAUGGCAGAAAUAAUUGACCAUGAAGGUAAGCGCCAUCUUUACUGCAAUGCUCGCUCCAUAACAAAAGGCCAUCGAUGUGAGGCUCUGAGUGAGAACAGUGGUGUGCGUUUUGACCAAGUGCGCUUUGCCAGUGAGCUGGUGGAGCCCCCUAAAGGUUGUCAGGGCAGUAUCAUUGCCUUUCCCGCUCCAGAAUCUUCCCCAGAUACCCAAACAUGGCUCCUCUUCAUGCACCCCACCCGUAAGUGCACCAGGAGAGAUAUGGGUGUGUAUUUAAACCGUUCUCCUCUGCACCCAUCUAUGUGGGAAACGCCUAAGAUCAUCCACAGUGGACCCAGUGGCUACUCAGACCUGGCCUACCAUGGGGAUAAAAAUACAUUUUCUGGUUUGAUGGAAUGUGGGGUAGAAUCAGAACUUGAACAAAUCGCAUUUGUCACUUUUUCUCUCAGUGAUGUCAUGCAGCAGAAAGAACAAAAAGAUGAAAACUGAGAUAGAAUGGGGAUUCUCCAUCUUUCCACAAGUUAUUGGCUCUAAGUACCAUCUUUAAUCUAAAUGUAAUCUAAAACAUAGCCUAGUUAGUCUUGACUGACUAAACUGACAAAUCACAUAUGGAUUAAAUUUGAAUGACUAAAUAAAUAACGAAAAAUCACAACAAUAUGACCAAGUUUUAUCAUCCUUAAUGAACAGUUUUCUAAAGUUGGGAUGGGUCCUUUUUGCAGUAGUGGACUAUUAUUAGACAUUUGAAAACUUUCGUGUCAUUCUACAUCCUUUGAAGCAGUGGAGGAAAUGUGACAACCUUUUUGUUGAGUCUGAGGAGUUUGCCCCUGAUAUAAACUUUACAGUCAAUACUUGAUUAGAUUAGAUUCAACUUUAUUGUCAUUACACAUGUAUAAAUACAAGGUAACAAAAUGUUGUUUAGCAUCUCGGCAAGGCAAGUUUAUUUGUAUAACACAAUUUGUACACAAAGUAAUUCAAAGUGCUUUACAGAAUAAGAAAUACAUUAAAAUCACAAUACAAACAAAUCAAAACAUACAUAAUCAUCAUAAAUUUAAAGAGAGAGAGGCACUGAAUUAGAGAGCAGAGUGCAGAAUGAAAAACCUUUCAGUCAUUGGCAAUUUCAGGCCUUUCAGCAUCUAAUCAGAAGUGCAAGAAGCAGCAAGUGCCAUAUAUACAGAAUGUAGAGUAUAUACAAUAUAGACACUAUACAGUAUAUUACAGUGUAGAUUGUGGUGAAUAUAUACAAAUAAAUAUGACAGUAUGAACAGGAGGGAAUUAGGUAUAAUAUACAUGGGGGAGAUAUAAUCAGAUGUAUUGUAAACAGUAGAAUACUAUGAACAAAUAUACAAGGUGUGCUAUAGAAAAUAUAAAUAUGUAUGACAUAUAUAAAUGAACAAAAGACAUAUAUGAACAAGUGCACUGUAAAUAAAUACAUAGAAAGUUAUGUAUCAGAUGUAAUAUGAACAUGUCAUUGAUUCAUUGCAGGAAGAUGAAGAGGGAGGAGGUGAGUGGGUGACACGGGGGACACGGGUGCUCAGCGGGGGAUAGAGCAGAGGGAGGGGGUGAGUGGGUGACACGGGGGUUCAGCGGGGAGAUAGAGUGCAGUAAGGAAACAGCUGUGGGGAAGAAACUGUUCCUGAAUCUGCUGAUGCUUUUGACUCCACUCUCUUAUAUUCAUUUGUGCUACAGCCCCUUGCACCUUGCUAGGUGGGCGACUGGCCUGCAGAGCAAAGUAUGCAGUUUUUGAAGCGUCCUCUAUCUAUCUAUAUACUUCUCAGUAAUGCUAUGUGGGAAGACUGAUCACUCUGCAUGUACUUGGGAGGAGCCCUGUGGGAUCUAUAGUAUAAAUAUUAGGUGAAAUUCUCUGCAAAUUUAGAUCCUGCAUCAGUUUUGUCAUUGACCUCACUAGCGUAUCCUUUGCUAGUAAAGCAGAUCCCACAUUUGAACUAGGCAGCGCUCUGCAGCAGACCUAGUCACAGGGUAAAUGCUCCUAAGGUACUUGCAUAGUGAUUUGUCCUAAUUAUUUUGUAUUUGAGCUUUUGAGUAAAAUUGUAGUCAUCGAGUAGCUGGGAACACGAUACCCUGCUGUGUAUUGACCAAGGUGAUUACUUGAGUCAAUGAGCUUGCACAGCGACGAGCUGGUAUUCCCCAGUCACAGAAUGACACAGUAAAACCUGAAUAAAAAGCCGAAAAAUAAGACAAAGACAAA